GGGCCCCGCCCCUGCGCGCCGGUCCAGCCAGCUCGCUCCGGCUCGCUCCGGCCCGGGGCCGCCCCCUCCCCGCCCCGCCCCCUCCGGCCGGGGGUGCUCUAGAUGCUGUGCGGAGACCCUUUGCACCCCUGCGAACAUGGCGCUGCGAGUGGCGCGCAGCGUGCGGGCCGCGAUCUGCAGCCUGCGCGCCAUCUCUGCGUCCAACGCGCCCUGCCCGCCGCGGCCCUGGGGACUGCGGGCGGGCGCCGUCCGGGCGCUGCGCACCGGCCCCGCUCUGCUGUCGGGUCGUAAAUUCACAGACAAACAUGAAUGGGUAACAACAGAAAACGGUGUUGGAACAGUGGGAAUCAGCAAUUUUGCACAGGAAGCUUUGGGAGAUGUUGUUUACUGUAGUCUGCCUGAAGUUGGGACAAAAUUGAACAAACAAGAGGAAUUUGGUGCUUUGGAAAGUGUGAAAGCUGCUAGUGAACUCUAUUCUCCUCUAUCAGGAGAAGUAACUGAAAUUAAUGAAGCUCUAGCAGAAAAUCCAGGACUUGUCAACAAAUCUUGUUAUGAAGAUGGUUGGCUGAUCAAGAUGACACUCAGUAACCCUUCAGAACUAGAUGAACUAAUGAGUGAAGAAGCAUAUGAGAAAUACAUAAAAUCUAUUGAGGAGUGAAAAUGGAACCCCUAAAUAAACUAGUUUGAAACAACUUAAUCUAGCAUAGUUGUCUUAAAUUAGUGGUGGAUAGAUUUUUAAAAAGCAACUUUUAGCAAAAGAAACUACUUGAAACAAUGUUGCCUGAAGAAAAUACCCCUUAACUUCCUAGUGAUUUCAGAUAAACACUAUGCAUCUUUUUCACAACACCCUGUGAUUUUUAGGCUAGUCUCCAGUUAUAAUACUCAGAAUUCCUGAAAUUAUCUGUGGUAAAACUAGUUAUAAAAAUUAUGUAAUUCAAGGAUAACAUUGUAUCUUAACCUUAUAUAAUAUUGUAACUUGCUUACAGCCAUCCCUGGAUUUGGGUCAAAAUACUCAAUGAACUUGCCACUGGAAAUAAAUGACAGUGGAGAAAAGUUUGUUAGUUGUAUAGUGUCCAGUGAAGAACAUUACUAUCUUAAUUUUGCAAUAUACUGUGUUUGCUGGUGCUAUUUUUAUACAGUGAAGCAACAGCCUUGCAGGAAAAUAAGAAACAGUUUAAUAAUAAAAUAUUCAA